AUGAUCGUCGACCCCACCUCUUCAUACUCAUCCAUGGCCAACACGAAUGAAUUCGACGAGCAGGCCCCUCCCUCAUACGAUACCGCUGUAGGCGAUCGUUCAGAACCGCAGGGCCCGUUCGUGCCCGAGAGCUCUCACAAGGGGCGAGAUAUCAAAGUCAACCCCUUUCCCCCUUCACUCCCCAACCCCGCACCCUACGACGGACAUCCAGGUCCCUCGCGGACAGUCGUCUACAACUAUGUGAACCCACGCACUGGUGAACGAGUUGUUUCUCUCCUUCCACCAGAUCACCCCCAGAUGGUCUGUCUCCAGGAGGGUGGCCAUGUUCCGGCGACCAAGUACGGCUUGCUGGGUGUGCUUGCCGCGGUCUUCUGGUUUCCGCUAGGGAUCGGCCUCUGCUUGCUUGACCGCAAGGUCUACUGCAAGCGCUGCGGGAUGUCAAUCGACGAGGGACUCUGCUGA